AUGGAUAUGAAUCGGAAUCUAUCUACCGCCGGGUCUUUGAUAUACAUUGACCCUUCUGCUGCUAAAACCUGGUCCUCGACUGCCAAUAGUCAGCAUAUAUAUCAAUUGGCAGUUCUACGAUCCCAAACCGCUAACAAUAGACACAAUGCCCAAUUCGGAGCAGCCACCAAAAUCGAUAUUGACCAGGUUUUGAUCUCGUACCUGACCAAGACUGAUGCCAACUCCGAAAAGCUCCAGUCUACAGCCUAUGUCAGUCCAUAUCCAACCACUCCCUGGUUUAAUUGUCGAGCUUCCGCUGCACAACCUCCAACAAAUCCCCAGAAUGUUCAACAGUCACUUUCUAAGAAGAAAGUAAGAACGGCUUAUGGGCCCAUGGUACGAUGGAAGUACGAGGUUCUUGAAGCAAGUUUCAAGAAGAAUGAAACCCCUAGUGCGGAAGAGAUACACAGGAUCAUGGAAAAGACGGGAAUGGACUGGAGAAAGGUCACUAAGCAUUUCUCUGACAAACGAUCAAGGAUGAGGAAACUCGGUCUGAUUCAGCGUCAACCCCAACGCGAAGUCCAAGCCGAGUCCCAGCUUCAAAGCAUUUUUCAGUCUAAGACAAUACACUACAAUUUCCAGAGACCAGAAUUCGGCAACAACAUCACUGACCAGGUCAUCGCAAAAUGCGAAGAAUGCACUGCUUGCAUAAAACCCAUGAUCCAGCGCAAAAUUGUCAGAGCAAUUCUUCCAGCACCAGACGCACUGCCGCGGUAUAUCAGCAUGGGUACAUCUGCAAUCACAAAAAGUAUUCAACAAGAUAUCGACCAUGAAAAACGUAUAAUCACCAUUCUCGACAAGGAUGUCGCCAGAAUGGAGAGAGAUCACUUCCGGUUUGGAUGCGUUUUGGAGAUGGUCAACCUGCAACGCAUUGCCCACCAAGCUCGCACUGCUGGACUUACGUUCAUGUUGCAACGACUGAGAAAUGCAUCGGAUCUGCCAAAUCAGAAUGAUACCACUAGCAGCACCAGCUUCUUGGCUGAUCUAGACGCUUCUCGUCUCUGCCUUUCGACAUCCAAGAUUCUUGCCAAGGCUCAAUUCCAAUCGAUUGUCAAUAAGCUCAAGGAGCACAAAAAGGACGCCUUGAGAAUGGUCGAGGAUCUGCAACACAUUGUUUCACAAAAAUCUGUUUGCGUGUCGAAAAGUCAAUUGCAAGGAUACAGAAUAUUUCUUGUGGAGUGGCAAGCGAGGUGUCUUGUUUACCGCCUCGCUUUGGUGUCGUUCAUUGCGACGUAUUAUGAUAGUGAAGAGCGAGUGAUCACACACAGCUCCGAAUAA